AUGACACUGACCCAAUGGGAUCACUACGAUGUGGUGUUGUGUAAAUUUUUCCCGGCUAGUCUAAGAGAUGAAUCCCUAUUAUGGUAUAACAAUCUACCCAAAGGCUCAAUCAAGUCGUUUGCUCGCCUAUUCGAGCUAUUUUUAGAAACAUAUAUUCAUAACAGUCGAAUUCGACCAGAAGUUGAUGCGUUGUUUCAAAUAUCUAGAGGACCGAACGAGUCGCUUCGUUCCUUGGUGACACGAUGGAGAAAACUAUGUGCUGAGAUCGGAAAGGUCCCUGAAGACUAUGCAAUCUUAGGUUUCAAGAAUAGUCUUAGAAAGACAGACCCCAUAGCCUUGGAGGAACUCCAGGAUGGAACUUAUGACAAGAUGGCAAAAGGAACUAGUAGAGGAGAAAAUGUGGUAGAACCACAGAACCCUCCAGUGCCAUCCCAAGGAGCAGGGCGAUCCAACAAUGGGUCAACCCAGCUCGACAAACAUCGGACUGGAGGAUGGAAGGAAGAGACCAGGCCCAACAGAAGAAGGGAAAGUUCAUUGAUCCAGUCUAUACAAAACUGA